AUGGCCCACAACAUCCCCUCUUGGGCUGUUGAAAGUCCUGCUGAAACCCCAGCCUCGCCACGAACGUUGCGCACGCUGCGCAAGAUCCGAUCUCACCAGGUCUUGACAACUUCUAACGCCCUGAUUGCACAAACCCAAUCGUCCCAAUCGUCUCGUACCCCUGGAACUUAUGCCGCAGAUAAGGGAUUGAUAAUUAUGCCAGGCAGCACCCCCGCGCGAGCUUCUUCACAUCGACGAGCUCGAUCCAAUAGUGACGCAGCAACUCGUGCAGCCAACCUCGCAGCCCCAGCUUCAACGCAAAGACGCCCAGCGCGCAAGACUGGUUCGGGGAUCGGAGUCAAAAGAUCUCAACUAGAGAGUCUUUUGCGCGAUGGACCGCAGAGUGGAAAGGGUCGCGACGGUCUCCAAGAGCUCAAAUAUCUCGUUCUAUCAUGCAGGGUAGAUGCAGAUGGAGAUGGCAUGUCUCCAUACCGAGUCUACCUAUGGCUCGUUCUUCUCAACCUCUCUCCUGUUCCCACCGACGAGUACCUCGCCUUCAUCCACCGAGGGCGAUCCCCGGCAUACGCCAAAAUUCGCAACGACACAUUCCGCACCCUAGCCACGGACCCUCUUUUCAAGCGGAGGGUUACCGAAGCCAGUCUAAUCCGGCUAUUGAAUGCUGUAGCAUGGAAAUUGCAUGAUUCGAAAACAAAACCCAAGUCCCGACCUUCGUCCUCUCGAAGGCGCACGAUGGAACUCUUAGUCAAUACACCACCUAGAAUCGCCGAGGAACCAGAGGAACCAGACUCCGCAAACAAUACGACGGUCAAUGAAUCCGCGACAUACGUACAAGGCAUGAACGUUCUCUGCGCGCCCUUCCUGUAUGCCGCGCGCAGCGAGGUUGAAGCGUACGCAUUAUUCCAUCACUUUAUCACUAAGGAAUGCCCCGGCUAUAUUCGUGGAGCUAUGGAUGGGGUUCAUAAGGGUCUUCGACUAGUUGAUAGGUGUUUGGAGGUCGUGGAGCCCAAACUCGCUGCCCAUCUUUUUUCCAAGGGAAUGCAUGCAGAGCUUUAUGCUUUCCCUUCUGUUCUUACAUUCUGUGCUUGCACACCUCCCCUCCCGGAGGUCCUUCAUCUAUGGGAUUUUCUUUUUGCAUAUGGGACACAUUUGAAUAUUGUUUGCAUUGUGGCUCAGUUGCUUCGCAUGCGAGACACUCUUCUUGCAACCGAUAACCCGAACAAAAUUCUCCGAAGUCUACCACCUCUUGAUGCGGAAAAGAUCAUCGCUCUGACUGUGCUCUUAGCACCAAAGAUUCCUGCUGAUCUAUAUGCUGAGAUGGUAACCCAUGCGACAUGA